AUGUCUGGCCGUGGCAAGGGAGGCAAGGGGCUGGGCAAGGGCGGAGCAAAGCGGCACCGCAAGGUGCUCCGGGAUAACAUCCAGGGCAUCACGAAGCCGGCGAUCCGUCGCCUGGCGAGGAGAGGCGGAGUCAAGAGGAUCAGCGGGCUGAUCUACGAGGAGACGAGGGGGGUCUUGAAGAUAUUCCUCGAGAACGUUAUCAGAGAUGCCGUGACGUACACUGAGCACGCCAGGAGGAAGACGGUGACCGCCAUGGAUGUGGUCUAUGCUCUCAAGAGGCAGGGUCGUACUCUCUACGGGUUUGGUGGCUGA